UCUACUGCCAUGGACAACAGGUCCUGCUGUCUCAUCGAGGGGGACCCCAUCUCCCAGGUGAUGCCACCGCUACUCAUCCUGGCCUUCGUGCUUGGCGCCCUGGGAAACGGGAUAGCUCUGUGUGGUUUCUGCUUUCACAUGAAAACCUGGAAGCCGAGCACUAUUUACCUUUUCAACCUGGCCGUCGCUGAUUUUCUCCUCAUGAUCUGCCUACCCUUGCGGACAGACUAUUACCUCAGACAUAGACACUGGACUUUUGGGGAUAUUCCCUGCCGCCUGGUCCUCUUCAUGCUGGCCAUGAAUAGGGCCGGGAGUAUUGUCUUCCUCACCGUGGUGGCUGCCGACAGGUAUUUCAAAGUGGUCCACCCCCACCACAUGAUGAACGCCAUAUCCAAUCAGACAGCAGCUGCCACCGCCUGUGUGCUCUGGACCUUGGUCAUCUUGGGGACUGUGUAUCUUCUCAUGGAGAGUCACCUGUGCGUUCAGGAGACAGUGUCAUCUUGUGAGAGCUUCAUCAUGGAGUCAGCCAACGGGUGGCAUGAUAUCAUGUUCCAGCUGGAGUUCUUCCUGCCCCUAGCCAUCAUCUUGUUUUGCUCCUUCAAAGUUGUUUGGAGCCUGAGACAGAGACAGCAGCUGGCCAGACAGACUCGGAUGAAGAGGGCCACCCGGUUCAUCAUGGUGGUGGCUGCUGUGUUCAUCACGUGUUACCUGCCCAGCGUGUUGGCCAGGCUCUAUUUCCUCUGGACAGUUCCCUCCAGCGCCUGUGACCCCUCUGUCCACAUAGCCCUCCAUGUCACCCUCAGUUUCACCUACCUGAACAGCAUGCUGGAUCCUCUUGUAUAUUAUUUCUCAAGCCCCUCAUUCCCCAAAUUCUAUACCAAGCUCAAAAUCUGCAAUUUGAGACCCAAACGCCCAGGACGCUCGAAGACACAGAGGUCAGAGGAGAUGCCAAUUUCUAACCUCUGUCGUAAGAGUUCCAUCGACGGGGCAAAUAGCUCCCAAAGGCCAUCAGACGGGCAGUGGGAUCUCCAAGUGUGCUGAAUGGCAUUAA